AUGGACUCACUAUCACCCGCGACGCCUGAACAAACCGCGCAAAACCAAUCACUUCGCAAAGGAUACGAAGUGUACUGCGCCAGCCCGACGGUUCCUGUUCUCGACACAUUGCUGAACAUUCUCGGGGACCACCCACUGAAAAAGGAGGUCAAGGAUACAUACAACCGCUUGGUGCACAAGGGUGUUCAAGGUCUUCCUCAUGCUGCACACGCUGUGCUCCUAUUCUGUGUCUUCGAGGCGCUCUGCGACGACACUCCCGUCAACCCAAACCUCAUCAACCGCUUCCACAAGAUGCUUACUGGGCUGGAGCAACGGUUCGACUAUCUCCCUCGACACUGCUGCUCGAACAAUGCGAUCUACAACCACAUCUACGGCAUGUUCACAGCGUGUAUCAUCGCUGAUGAAGCUGUCAUCCCCGCGGAUCUGGCUCGCAUUUUCCGCAAUUCUGAAGGCAACGACGAGAUCUUGCAAGGCUUCGAGGCUUGGCUGCAAGUCAGCAACACGACGGUUCACAACAGCUACCACCCGGCUUUCCACAACGCCGUGCGAGAUACUGUCCGUCUGUUCCUUGCUAGGGCACCGCAACCUCAGCCGCACAUCCUCAUCAGUGUCAUGGUCGCAGCCGAGCAAUGGGCUAUCUACCUCCCAAUUGCCAACCACAUGGCCAAGUUCGGCGUCCACAUCGACCUCGACCCGAAAAAACAGCAGCUCUACAACCAAAGUGCGGCAAUGCAGGUCGAGCCGAGAGUCGCAGCUCUCCACGUUCGAGCACCGACCCAGCGCAGCGUCUUCGCAAACCCACCACCAGGCUCUGAUACGCCUUGGCAGGUGCUGCCACCUGUUCCAGACCCGUUCCCGGCUCAAAACACCCAGUCACUUCCAGCCAUGAACCCAGGCGGCUUCUAUCAGAACGGAGAGGCACAACAAGGAGCUCAGCGCCAGCGAUCCCCUUCAAGCCCACAGACCUUCCAGCCUCGGCGGACGGUGUCUCUCGCUCAGCAGAGCCAGCAGGUAAACAAGCCCCAAAGCCUCCUCGCAGCACACCUCGCCCAGUUCGACGGACAAGGUCGUCGACGUGCUUCAGCACCACAGGUCAACGCCGCCGGCUCUCGGGGCGCCUACCCGAUGCCUGUUUCGACCCCAUCGAGUCAAACUGAGCCACGUCGGGUUUCCACACCAUCGGCAAUGUCCGAAGUCUCCGAUACGAUCCAUGUAACGAGAAAAUCUCAGCAGCAGUCGAGGUACGCAGAUAUGUUCGCGAAGCAGGCCGAGCAGCAUCCCGCCAAGCAACAGCCUCGACCACAGCCUGUUCGAUCACAGGCUACCCGGAUGCCUCCACCGCCAACGCCCAAGAAGCAAACACCCAAGAAGCAAGCGACGGAGCAGACGCCGACUCGAAGCAGUACACGUCGUCGUUCGGCUGCAUCCGCUCCGAGACAGAUCAAGUAUGAUCGAGAUUCUUCUGAUGAAGAUGAGGACGAGGAUGUUGCGAGGAUGGUUGUGCCGGAUGAUGAUCCGAAUGAUGAGGAUUUUAUGGGUUGA